AUGAACUCCAAUGUCACUGACGGUCAACCGCCACCCCAGCCGACCGUCGACGCUGGGGUGGAGAGCACUGCUAUCGCCACUCAAGUUCUAGAGACAGGACCCGACGAAAAGCACAGCAUCAUCGAAGAUGCAGAGCAAGAUGAAAGUACCUCAUCGAAGGCAAAGAAAGUCCCGCAAGCGGGCAUGAAGAAUUACUUCCGAGUAUUCUCGUAUGGAACUACUCUCGAUUACUGGCUCAUAUUCAUGUGUUGCGUUACUUCGAUAGCGUCCGGCGUUACCUUUCCUUUGAUGAACGUUGUCUUCGGUCAAUUGGUCGGCUCGUUUACCAACUACUUCAUCCCCGGAACGGCCUUGACAGCUGGAGAAUUCCAAGCCGAGAUCAACAGGCUCACCCUCUUCCUUGUCUACCUGUUCAUCGCGAAGUUCGUGUUAUCCUACAUAUCAAUGCUCACCAUCCGAAUCAGCGGCCUUCGAAUCUCUGCUGCAUUGCGUCUAGCAUAUCUACGAGCUCUUUUCGCACAGCCAAUCAGUGUGAUAGACACUAUAAGUCCUGGCAAAGUGUCUACACGGAUUACAACCUCCUCCAAUACGGUGCAACUCGCCAUAUCGCAGCACUUCGCUAUACUCUUCCAGUCCCUUGCAUUCGUUAUCGGAGCGUAUGUGGUGGCUUUCAUCAAAGGCCCACUGCUCACCGUAGUCGCCUCUGCCUCGCUUCCGUUCAUCCUCGUGGUCUUUGGUAUCAUAUUGCCACCUUUCAUCCGGAUACACAAGAUUACCGAGAAACAUCAUGAAGAUGCUUCUGCCAUGGCUUUCGAGAUGUUCUCAUCCGUUCGCAUCCUUACUGCAUUCGGUGCAGAAGCGAAGUUGGCAAGGCUGCAUGAGGCCUUGCUGGACAAAGCUGCGGCGAACGAGCGCAGGGCUGCGCCUCUGAUGGGUCUUGUCAUGUCACCCAUGAUGAUCGGAAUGUAUGGCACAUUUGCAAUUGCGUUCUGGUUCGGGAUCAAGCAGUACUCGGAAGGCAAAGGCGACGUCGGAGUCAUAGUGGUGGUUCUGUUCUCUGUCAUGAUGGCGAUAACGAACAUCAGUAGGGUUGUGAGCCCAAUUAUUGCCAUCGCGAAGGCAUCAUCUGCCGCCACCGAACUAUUCAUCACGAUCGAUGCAACUGUCCCUGAUACCACUGGAUUGAAGGAGCCUGAUGUAACCGCCAACGCAAACAUCAGCUUUCACAACGUUGCCUUCUCGUAUCCAAGCCGACCACAUGUUCAGAUCCUUGGAGGCCUUGAUCUCGAGCUCGAGGCAGGCAAAGUUACCGCUAUUGUCGGUCCAUCCGGAAGUGGAAAGUCCACUAUUGUGGGACUGGUUCAGCGAUGGUAUGAACUCUCAGGCACAACGGCCGCCGCAUCAGAUGGGAAACCGAACGACGCAUCGCCUCAAGAAGACACGCUUGAAAGCAAGAAAGAAAGCACCCAGAAGUCUGGAUGGUUCAAGAAGAAGGCUAUACCAAAGCAUGAAGGCAAGCAAGCAUCUGCGAAGAAGGCUGGAGAUGACAAGAGCAAGGACGAGGAGCCUGAUUUGGGCCCAAACACUUGCACUGGUACCAUCAAGAUUGGAGGUACCAAGUUACAAGAUGUCGACCUAAAAUGGUGGCGCUCUCAAAUCGGUCUGGUUCAGCAAGAGCCCUUCCUGUUCAACGACACCCUGUACAACAACAUCGCGUUUGGUCUCAUUGGUACCCAAUAUGAAGACUUUCCGAAAGAAGAAAAGAUGAAAUUGGUCGAAGACGCGUGUCGCGAAGCCUACGCCGAAGAGUUCAUCGCCAAACUACCAGAAGGCUACGAAACCAUGGUUGGCGAGAGCGGCAUCAAGCUUUCGGGUGGACAGCGACAACGAAUAGCGAUCGCGCGAAGCAUCAUCAAACAACCACCUAUACUGAUUCUCGACGAAGCGACGAGCGCUAUCGAUGUACGUACCGAACGCAUUGUUCAGCAAGCUCUCGAUCGCGUGUCGAAGAACCGGACGACUAUCGUCAUCGCGCAUCGCCUCUCCACCAUCAGGCGCGCGGAUAAGAUCGUGGUCUUACGUCAAGGUGCUCUCGUGGAACAAGGCACCCACGAUGAGCUGUUGAAGAUAGAAGCCGGUGUCUACUACGGCUUGGUUCAUGCCCAAGAGAUCGCAGCGGAAGCGGAACAAGACGCUGAUGCCGACCCGCUCGAAAAGGCUAAGAGCGCAGACACUGAGAUCCAUGAAGACUACAAGCAGAGCACUGAUGUCUCCAAAUCAGCCGAAGACCCAGAGUAUAAGCAGCAAGGUCUCUUUGGCAGCUUCGGGCGUCUUAUCUACGAACAACGCGGUCAUUGGAUCCUAUACAGCGUCGCUAUUCUGGGUGUACUGGCCAGCGGUGUCGUCUACCCGCUCCAGGCCUACAUUUUUGCAAACGUCGUCAAUGUUUUCACCCUUCCCAUGGACGAACUUGUCAGCAAAGGCAACUUCUGGGCAGGCAUGUUUGGUGUUCUGGCUGGGAGCACGUUUCUAUCCUACUUUUUCAUGGGCUCGGCCUGCCACCUCAUCUCUGUUGCCAUAACAAAGAACUAUCGACAAGAAUACCUGGACAACCUCAUCCGCAAACGCAUUGCCUUCUUCGACGAUCAAGGGCACAGCCCUGGGUCUCUUACGUCGACCCUGAGCUCAGACUCGACACAGAUUCAGCAGCUAAUGGCAACGGAGAUGUCCGUUGCGCUCAUUGCUAUUGUCAAUGUUGUGGGCUGCGUUAUCAUCUCUUUCAUCUAUGGUUGGAAACUGUCCCUUGUUGCCCUAUUUGCCGCGCUACCACUUAUCCUGGCUGCUGGAUAUCUCCGUGUACGCAUUGAACUCGAGUUUGACAAGACCAACGCGAAGGUAUUCGAGAACAGCAGCCAGUUUGCAUCCGAAGCUGUGGGUGCUUUCCGCACAGUAUCGAGUCUUAUCAUGGAAGACAUGAUUGGCGAGCGCUAUGAGACCUUGCUCAAGGGUCAUGUCACAGGAGCGUUUUCAAGCGCGAAGUAUGGCACUCUUAUUUUUGCGGCAAGCGACAGCAUUGAACUAGCUUGUAUGGCCCUUACUUUCUGGUAUGGCGGCACCCUGCUGGCUUCCCGCGAGUACAGUCCUGUAGACUUCUUCGUCAUUUACCAAGCCAUCGUGCAAGGCGCCAUUGGAGCAGGGCAAUUCUUCUCAUAUGCCCCCAAUAUGGCCCAAGCCACGGGUGCCGCGAACCGCAUUCUCAGUAUGCGUCCACCAAAGUCUACAACAUCCACUGCCUAUCCGCCUCUAAGCAAACCCGAAGAAGGCGUAGGCAUCGAGUUCCAGAACGUGUAUUUCGCCUACAAAACCCGCGAAGUGCCCGUCCUAUCCAACCUCAACAUCCAGGUCCAACCAGGCCAGUUCGCCGCACUGGUCGGUGCAUCCGGGUGCGGCAAAUCCACCACCAUAUCGCUCCUCGAGCGCUUCUACGAUGCAACAUCCGGCCGCAUCCUCUACAACGGGCAAGACAUCACCAUGCUUGACCCCGCAGAGUACCGCAAGCAAAUCAGUCUUGUGAGCCAAGAACCCACGCUGUACGAAGGCACGAUACGCGAAAACGUCGCUUUAUCCGUCGACACCGCCACAGACGAAGACAUCGAGCAAGCAUGUCGUGACGCCCAGAUCCACGACUUCAUCACCUCCCUGCCCGACGGAUAUGCCCAGCGCCUAGGACCAAAAGGCAUGUCGCUGUCUGGUGGUCAGAAACAGCGUCUUAGUCUUGCUCGCGCCUUACUGCGCAAACCGAAGCUUCUCUUGCUAGAUGAAGCGACAUCGUCUUUGGACUCUGAGUCUGAGAAAUUGGUUCAGGAUGCUAUUGAGCGCGCUGCUGGCGAGGGCGGAAGAACGGUGAUUGCAGUCGCGCAUCGCCUUGCUACGAUUCAGAAGGCGGAUACCAUCUUUGUUUUGGGUAGUGGCAUGGUGUUGGAGAGGGGUGAUCACCAGGGGCUGUUGAGGAAACGCGGUGUUUACUGGCAGAUGUGUCAAGCUCAAGCUUUGGACCGAUAA